GGUGGACCGCGGCUCGGCUCACAGAGGUUGCAGCCAUUGCACUGAAGAGCAUCCCACAUUCAACAGGAGGAACCCGCGGGAGAGCAGCCCCGACCCCAUUCACAGCCGCAGCUUGUGCGCCCCGCGUCCCCUCGAGCGCCAUGGCCAAGGAAGGCAUAGAGAAGGCGGAAGAAACAGAGCAGAUGAUCGAGAAGGAGACCAGCAAGGAGCCUACUGACGGUGGCGACGGCUCCCACCGCCUCGGGGAUACCCAGGAGAUGCGCGCCGUGGUGCUGGUCGGCUUCGGUGGGCUUAACAAGCUGAAGCUCUCCAGAAAGGCCAUGCCAGAGCCACAGGACAGCGAGCUCAAGAUUCGCGUCAAAGCCUGUGGCCUGAACUUCAUUGACUUGAUGGUACGACAAGGGAAUAUUGACAACCCUCCUAAGACACCCUUGGUGCCAGGAUUUGAGUGCUCCGGGAUUGUUGAAGCUCUAGGGGACAGUGUAAAAGGAUACGAGAUUGGAGACCGUGUCAUGGCAUUUGUCAACUACAACGCCUGGGCAGAGGUGGUCUGCACACCAGUGGAAUUUGUCUACAAGAUCCCAGAUGACAUGAGCUUCUCUGAGGCUGCUGCUUUCCCCAUGAACUUUGUCACAGCAUACACGAUGCUCUUUGAGAUUGCCAACCUCCGGGAAGGAAUGUCUGUGCUGGUGCACUCAGCUGGUGGUGGUGUGGGCCAAGCUGUGGCUCAGCUGUGUUCUACCAUCCCCAAUGUGACCGUCUUUGGAACAGCCUCUACUUUCAAGCAUGAGGCCAUCAAAGAUUCUGUGACCCACCUCUUUGACAGAAACGCAGACUACGUGCAAGAAGUAAAGAGGAUCUCAGCUGAAGGUGUGGACAUCGUUUUGGACUGCCUCUGUGGGGACAACACUGGCAAGGGGCUCAGUCUCCUCAAACCUCUGGGAACCUACAUUUUAUAUGGUUCAUCCAACAUGGUAACUGGAGAGACCAAGAGUUUCUUUAGUUUUGCAAAGUCAUGGUGGCAGGUGGAGAAAGUGAACCCCAUCAAGUUGUAUGAAGAGAACAAAGUCAUUGCAGGCUUCUCGCUCCUCAACCUGCUCUUCAAACAGGGCCGCUCAGGCCUCAUCCGAGGGGUAGUCGAGAAGCUCAUAGGUCUGUACAACCAGAAGAAGAUCAAGCCCGUGGUGGAUUCUUUAUGGGCCCUGGAGGAGGUAAAGGAGGCUAUGCAGCGCAUCCAUGACCGAGGAAACAUCGGGAAGCUAAUUCUCGACGUGGAAAAGACCCCGACUCCUCUGAUGGCCAAUGACAGCACGGAGACCAGCGAGGCAGGGGAGGAGGAGGAGGACCACGAAGGUGACAGCGAAAACAAGGAGAGGAUGCCCUUCAUCCAGUAAAGCAGACCUCAGAGCCCCAGCAGGUGGAUGGCCACCGUGAGAACUCUUCCGUGCCCCAGUGAACAAAUGCCGUAGUCCAGUGCGUGUCGUGUUUGUCUGCAGUCAGCCAAGCUAAGAAGCUGUUGAUCACUGUUAUACUUGGAAUUAAGUGCCAAUCCCAUUCCAUGCAGUAUUGUGUCCCCUUCCCCGUCUCUGUACCACAUUCUCCUCUCCUCCUUGAACCAAACCCAUCCUUCUUCAGGUCCUUCUUGACAGUUCUAGAAUAGCCUUGCAAAUUAAUUACAAACCCAUGGGGUCCCAGUGUCAGAAACCAGACAUAGGGCAAGGCCGCAUUUGACUGAAAGGUAUUGUCACGGAGCCCUGCCCAGAUUCCUACUUUUCUUCAGGCCGAUGACACUC